GACGUUGGAGAACCGAGCCCCGUUCUUGCUUCCACCUCCCCGAUGGCGUCGGCAGCGAUGUACGCAGCGCGAUGGUCAGCGACCACAGUCUUACGUUCAGCGGGUUCGAGGAGAUGCUUCCGGUCCUCUGCUUCACGGCAAGCCGUCUCACAGUUCGGGAUGCCUGCUAUGUCACCAACUAUGACUGAGGGCGGAAUUGCGUCGUGGAAGAAGAAGGAGGGCGAGUCUUUUUCAGCAGGAGAUGUCCUGCUCGAGAUUGAAACAGAUAAGGCGACCAUUGACGUCGAGGCUCAGGAAGACGGCAUAGUGGGCAAGAUUCUGAUCCCAGACGGUACAAAGAACAUCCCCGUUGGCAAAGUCAUCGCCUUGCUUGCUGAAGAAGGCGACAACAUCUCUAAUCUCGAGGUUCCCCAAGAGCCUUCGCAACCAAAAGCGGAAUCCUCUCCUGAGCCAGAAUCCACUCCCACCUCUGCCUCUCCUUCGGCGACCCCUGACAAGUCUGGUGCGUCAUCGGCACAGCGCCCCUCGCAUGACGAGCCCUCGAGCUCGCGGCCACUCUUCCCGAGCGUGCUCCGCCUGCUGCAGGAGCACGGAAUCAGCGACGCGAACAAGGUCAAGGGUACCGGCGUGCGCGGUAUGAUCACGAAAGGCGACGUUCUCGCAUACCUUGGCAAGGCGAGCGGGCCUCUCGGCACUUGGAAGGCCGCGCUUGAGAAAGAAGAGGAGAAGCUUCAUGCGGAGCGCAGGGGUGGCUCGGCAGGAGAGAAGAAGGAAGCUCCCGCUCCGCCACUGGACGGACCUGCACUCAAGCGGCUCAUCGUCACAAACAUGCUUGAAGCGUCGCAAAAGGCGUACAAGCCAGCUCCCGCGCCGGUCCCUACUUUCGACGACAUCAUCGCCGAUUACUACCCACCGGCCCCCAAGGUCAGCUCGGCGCCCGCGCCUGCGGUGCCGCCAAAGAACGAGAUGAAGAAGUCUGUGGAUCUGUUCGAAGGCCUGAUUUGAGUCGUUUAUAGCGCAUAUCUCACCGGGUCCACCCUACCUGGCGCUUGCCUGUUCUGACCUCCGUCACGAGUCACCCUUGCUGUCUAUCUACCAUAGACCAUCCUUCAUAACCUACACGACGAAACUCGUGUGGGCAUGCUUUGCGUAUAGACUACACUACUUACGGAUGAAUACACUCAGCUUUCAA